AUGGUAGCUGCUUAUCUACUACUUGUAUUUCCCGCCAUUUUGUCACCUGUGCUGAGUCUCUCAUCCCAAGAUCACCAAACCCAACUGUACGAGGCCAACCUCAAAAUCUCUCAAUCAGAAUCUCGUCUCGAGGAAAUUACCCAAAAUAUAAAUGCCAGAGACAGUUAUUUGGAGAAAUGUGAGGAUGAAAUUGGAGAACUAGACCAUGAAUUAAAUAAUCUGCAGUCUGCUCUCUCAAAUUUAAAGAUUACUGAUGAGAAGAUUAAAGCCCUUGAAGAAGAGGUUCGGGUUUUGUGGGCUACUUUGAGAAAAAACAACUUUGAUUUUCACGUUUUAGAAUCGAAAGCGCGAGAAGCUGAGGAUAGAUUGGAAAUGGUGACUUCGCAAGUUGAGAAGAUGGAAGACAUAGUAUCAGAAAUGUGGAUCCAAAUUCAACAGUUUGAGCAGGCUCUUCAACUCAAAGAAGUAUUACCUCGCAAAACAAAUUUGGCCUACUAUGAGAUUGAAGGCUCAAAGACAUGCAAGGCCUCCAAGAUGGACUUUUUUAAAGAUUUAUUCCUUUGUGUGGAUUUACAGUUCUUCAGCAACCUCUCUGGUGAAUAUCUUCCAAAUGCUCAUGGGCUGUUGAGAUCACAUUUGGGCGAAGAGUCUGCCUUGAGAGCUUAUGUAUCUCAAACCUUCCUCUGGUUAAAAAGAUUCUAUUCGAUGGUAAAAGAGUCACACCAUGAGUUCCAAGGUGUUAUCAAGCAUGAAAUGGAAAGACAUGAGUUCACUGCCUGUCUUGCUAACAAGGAAAUUGUAUUUUUCGUGGCUUCUGCUAUAAUCAUCUUCCCUGUAUUGAGUGCUUGGAUAUUGCUCUCAUCACAGCUGCGCUAG